AUGGGCUGCGUUAGCUCCGUGCAGCGGCAUCUGGCCGAUGAAAACGCAGACGCCAGCGAGGCCUCACAAAGUGCGUCCUCCCAAUCCGUCCCCUUCACCAAGACGCCGAGUGUGGCGCAGGUGCACGAGGGCGUGCUGUCGGAGAUGGUCCGCUUCCGACGGCCGAACAUCCGCGAUUCGGCUGGUUUUGACGUGGUGGACAGCGAGGAAGUGACGCUCUUGAUCCAGCAGGGUGGCGCUACCGAUGGUCCGCAGCUGCUGCCGGAAGAGCAAGAGGCUGUUGUGACUGCUCUGCGCGGGAACGUCAUCUUCUCCUGCAUGCAGACCGAGCAGCUCCAGUCCCUGGCUAAGUGUAUGUUCGUGCAGGUGGUCAAGGCGGGCGAGACCGUGAUCACUGAGGGCGAGAUCGGCGACAAGUUCUACGUGGUGCGCUCCGGGCGAUUCGACGUGGUGGCGAGCGACGGUCACACUAUCAACCGCCUUGCUGUUGGUUCUACCUUCGGCGAGCUUGGUCUGAUCUACCGAGCCAAGCGCACAGCUACGGUGAUCUCGGAUCCCAAGGUCCCCGGUUCAUUGUUUGCACUCCCUGGCAAAUAUUUCCGAUACGUCGCAGCACAACGAUCUCUCGAGACGUAUCAAAGCUCGCUGGACGCGCUCAAGAAGGUGAAGUUGCUGAGCAGCUUGACGGCUGAACAGCUUGAAGUGGUGGCGGCUUCUGUGUAUUCGCUGCAGUACCGACCUGGAGACACCAUCGUACACAAGGGAGAGCCCGGUCGCGUCAUGUACAUGAUUCAAGCUGGCACGGUGAUGUGCACGGAUAUCGGGAGUGGCAGCGCUGCGAUCGCCAAGGUGGAGCUCAAAGAGGGCGACUACUUCGGAGAGCGCGCAUUGCUGUCGGCCGAGCCACGUUCCGCUACUGUCGUGGCUCAAACGGACGUCCGUGUCAUUGCACUGGACCAAACGACGUUCACAUCUCUGCUCGGUCCGCUGCAGCAGGUUCUGGACUACAACCGGAUGCUGCGGACGUUGGAGAGCAUCACUGUCAUGAAGAAGGUGCCGUACGCGCUGAAGAAGAAGCUGCUGGACUCGGCGCGCAUCGUCCACUUCGAGCCGAACGAGACGAUCCUGAACGAAGGGGACGAAGGCGACACCUUCUACAUCCUGAAAGAAGGCGAGGCGAAGAUGCUGCAGCAGCCCAAGUCCCGAUCGUCUUCAACCGCUUCAUCGUCGUCGGCUCCAGCGUCUCCGAUCCACAAGAUCGUCCCAUUGAACAAUGGCAACGUGGAGCUGCCGUCCCCACCGCCACCUCUUCCUUCCCUUGAAGUUGCUCGCAUCCUGCCAGGCGACACGUUCGGAGAGCUCGCCAUCUUGGACCGCCGGUGCCAACCAGCCUCCAUCAUCGCCUGCACAAAGGUCGAGUGCUUCGCCCUGACCAGCCGCGACUUCGACAACAUCUUCGAGUCGGUGAAGGAGGACCUGUACGACCUGGCAAUGCAAAAGGAGAGCGUCAGCUGCGAUAAGCUCUUCGCACACAGCAUCACGUUGUCCAGCCUCAAGUACAUCUGCGCCAUCGGCAUGGGCUCGUUCGGCGUCGUGCACAUGGCGGAGCAUGUCCCCACAGGUCGGUUUGUGGCCGUGAAGGAGAUGUGGAAGUCUCGACUGGAGAAGUUCCGCCAGACGCACCACAUCUACAGCGAGAAGAAGCUGCUCAUGCAGAUCGACUCGCAGUUCCUGCUCAAGUGUUACGCUACCUUGCAGGACGAAAAGAAGAUCUACUUCGUCACGGAGCUCCUGGUCGGCGGCGAGCUCUUCCGUCGUAUCGUGACGCCCGCGGGAAUCCCCAUUUUGCUCUCGCAACCCGACACCCGAUUCUACGCGGCGUGCUGCAUCAAGGCGCUCGAGUAUCUGCACGAGCACAACAUCAUCUACCGGGACCUCAAGCCCGAGAACAUCUUGCUGGACUCGAGUGGCUACGCCAAGCUCGUGGACUUCGGCUUUGCCAAGAAACUGACCGGCAAGACGUACACACUAUGCGGAACUCCAGAGUACUUGGCUCCAGAGAUCAUCCUCGGCAUCGGGCACAAUGUGGCGGUGGAUUGCUGGGGCCUCGGCAUCCUCAUCUACGAGAUGGUCGUGGGCGACUCGCCCUUCUCGUCCCCCGACGAAGACCACCUCGCCGUCUGUCGAAAUAUCCUGCAGGGCCACAUCUCGUUCCCUUCGGACUGCGACUCCGACUGGAAAUCCGUAGUCCAAGCUCUGCUCCAUCGCCAACCGGAGAAGCGCGCGUCGAUGAUCGCUGGGUCGUUGUUGAACGUUCGGAAAGAGAAGUGGCUCGCCAAGUUUGACUGGGAAUCCUUCACGCAGAGAACCAUGCCCACGCCCUGGAUACCGGACGUCACGAGCGAGAUCGACACAAAGUACUUCCCGCACGUCUCGAAGGAAGAGCUUGCCGAGUUCGAGUCUUGGAAGGAGCACAAACCUGUCGACAACUGGGAAGGCUUCUGA